AUGGGUCUGAAAUCGAUGAACAUUCUGGCAAUACUUUUGCUCUCAUUUUUAGCAUCCACCGCUGUAGCUGAUCAAUCCAAUGUCUUCGAUGUGACAAGCUCAAAAUAUGGUGGAAAGCCCAACUCGGAUAUUUCAAAGGCAUUGACAAUGGCAUGGACAGAUGCGUGUGCAUCAACGUCAACGAGUACUGUCCUUGUUCCGAGGGGAACAUACAAGUUAUUACAAGAAGCAAAAUUUGAAGGUCCUUGCAAGGAGCCUUUUCAGUUUCAGCUCCAAGGAACAUUGCAGGCUCCGAAAGACCGGAGCCAACUCGAUGACUCUUGGAUUUCCUUUAACAACAUCGACAUGCUCACCUUGUCCGGCGGUGGAACUAUCGACGGACAAGGAGCCCUUUCUUGGAAGGAGAAUCAUGACUCUACUCCCGUUGAUAUUAGGUUCCAAACUGUCAACAAUUCCACAAUUAGCGACAUAGCUUCAAUCGACAGCGCAAAGUUCCACAUUAGUGUUCAUGGCUGCAACAACGUUACGUUCCAACGGCUCACCAUCACAGCACCCGAAGACAGUCCUAACACCGACGGAAUCCACAUCUCUAGUUCGACCAAGAUCACAGUCUCCGACUCCUACAUUGCAACCGGUGACGAUUGUGUUUCAAUUGGCGAUGGCUCCAACCAAAUCCUAGUGUCCAACAUUACUUGCGGACCAGGUCAUGGAAUAAGCAUAGGCAGUCUAGGAAAGUAUCCAGACGAACAGCCGGUGGUCGGCGUCACGGUCAAGAACUGCACGCUUACCGGCACAAGCAACGGCGCGAGAAUCAAGACAUGGCCUGGUUCUCCAGCAACAAGCGUUGCUUGGAAUAUACUCUUCCAAGACAUGGUCAUGGUGAAUGUGAAGAACCCUAUCCUCAUCGACCAGAACUACUGUGACAAAGGCAAGUCGUGUAAGCUAAUGAUUCCAUCCAAAGUCCAGAUCAGUAACGUGACGUUCAAGGAUAUCAGGGGCUCGUCUUCGUCUCCGGUUACCGUCAAGCUCGACUGUAGUCACAGCGUGCCGUGCCGGAAUGUGGAGCUGUCCGAUAUUGAUCUCAUUUACAGUGGAGACAAAAAAGACGAAAUCACGUCUGUGUGUAAUAAUGUCAAGCCGAGAAUUACUGGCGUGACUAAGGCUCUUGCUUGUGCCAAUCUAGGUGACAUACCAAUAGAUAAUUCACCGCCGCCGUCGACUUCACCUCCUCUUCCACCGCCGAUGCCGGCUGCACCUCCUCUUCCACUGCCGCUGCUGGCUUCACCGCCUCUGCCGGCUUCACCUCCUCUUCCACCGCCGCUGCCGGCUUCACCUACUCUUCCACCGGUACCAGUACAACAGUCACUACCCCCGCCUCCGGUAGAAAAACACCAUUCCCCUUCUCCGCCACCAUUUUCGCCUCCUCUUUCACCGCCGGCGCCAUUUGCUUCACCUUCACCGCCACCAUAUUUACCUCCUUUUUUGCCGCCGCCAUUUGUUUUACCUUCUCCACCACCAUCUUCACCUCCUCUUUCGCCGUUGGAGCCAUUUAUUUCACCUUCACCGCUACCAUCUUUACCUCCUCCUUUGCCGCCGCCAUUCGUUUUACCUUCUCCGCCACCAUCUUCACGUCCUCUUUCGCCGCCGGCGCCAUUUGUUUUACCUCCACCGCCACCAUCUGUACCUCUUCUUUUGCCGCCUCCAUUAGUUUCACCUUCUCCUCCACCAUUUUUACUGCCUCUUUCGCCGCCACCAUUCGUAUCACCUCCUCUUCCGCCGAUGGUGGACACACCUCCUCCCCCUACGGUAGCAUCAGACGAUUCGUCUCCGCCGAUAAUAAUGGUGUAUGGGUAUCCAUAUCCUCUGUCUCAUACUGAUGAUGGUGGUUUUGGACCAACAUCCUCCGCCGCCGGCAGUAUUUUGGGGCAAAAACCGACAGUCAAAGUGAUGGUGCUUAGUUCCGCCCUGGCUUUGUGGUUGCUGCACGCCUUGUUAUGA